UAUCUAUAAUAAAGUUUAAUAAGAAAAAUGUGCAUUAUAAGAAAUAAUCUUCAGUUUUAGUUAAAAAAUUAAUGUGAUGAAAAACCAAAAAGAAUCAGUACAGUUGAUAGGAUGGUGUGCGGAUAGUGACUGAAUGUCAUUUGUAUGUGUAUUUAAGGAGAUUGAAUGCUUGUUGUAAUGCACAGCAAAAAAUAUCAGUCAGAAGUUUGAACACCAGCGAUUAGCUCUGAGCCGCAUGAUCAAGACAAUUUUUGAGCAGGACAGGACUGCAGAGAGCCAAUCCCAGCAAAGAUGCUUUCGCUGGUUUUGAAACUGGCUCUGGCUGAGCUGACAAUAUCACUGCUGUUGUCGAGGGGAAUUUACGCAAUUGAAGUCCCACUCGAUUUGAGGCAGCCCCCCACCAUUAUCAAACAGUCUGUGAAGAACCACAUUGUGGACCCCCGAGACAGUGCCGUGGUGGAAUGUGAAGCGAAGGGUAACCCAACGCCAACUUUCUCAUGGCGGCGGAAUGGGAGAUUGUUCCAGCUGGGGAGGGAUCCUCGUGUGACAAUGAGAAGAAGGUCUGGCACCCUGGACAUCGCCUUCUACAGUGGGCUGGCCCCCGAGGACUACGAGGGAGAGUACCAGUGCUUUGCCACCAACAUCUUUGGGACGGCGGUGUCCAACAAAAUCCUGCUUCGGGUGUUCAAGUCUCCAGUGUGGCGUAGAGAUAUUCUAGAGCCAGUGGUGAUUAACCAGGGACUCCCUCUGAUCCUGCCGUGCAACCCGCCCCCCUUUUUCCCUGAGCCACACAUCUUCUGGAUGAACAACACUUUGGUUCCUGAUCCAGUUAUGAUGCCCAUUUUGGAAGAUCGCAGGGUGUCACUGGGGUUGAAUGGAGACCUGUACUUCUCCCACGUCCUCGUCAGUGACUCCUGGACCUCUUACAGCUGCAAUGCUCGCUUUGCUCAGACAAUCCAGCAGAAGAAUCCCUACACCCUCAAAGUGCUUACCACACGCAAUGUGGCUGAGAAGGUUCCCAGCUUCCUGUCUCCACCCGGGACGGUGAGCUCCAAAGUGGUGCUGCGGGGGGAGCAGCUUGUCUUGAAGUGUAUUGCAUCUGGAUACCCCACCCCUGUCAUCAGGUGGUCAAAAAUGGAUGGAGAUCUGCCCACCAGGAAGGUGAAGCUGGAGGACUUCGGCAAGACGCUGCGCAUCAUGUCCAUGUCGGAUGAGAACUCGGGGGAGUAUGUGUGUACGGCCACCAACAGGAUGGGCUUCGUCAGUCACACCGUCGUUGUCCAUGUUCAAGCACCUCCAUCCUGGGUAAACAAACCGACAAACCUGGUACUGACUGCAGAGAAGAAUGGACGGCUACUGUGCCGAGCCAAUGGUGUCCCAAAAGCAACCAUUCAAUGGAUGGUCAAUGGGGAGCCGAUUGACAGUGCCCAGCCUAACCCCCGCAGGCAGGUGGUCGGUGACACCCUCACACUCAACUCCAUUCAGAUGGGGGACAGCGCCGUGUACCAGUGCAAUGCGUCCAAUGACCACGGCUACUUACUGGCUAAUGCAUUCAUCAGCAUUCAAGAGGUGGCACCACGCAUGGUGGGCCUCAGGAACCAGGUGGUCAAGGUGAUCGAGAGCAACCGCACCAUUCUAUACUGCCCCUUUUUCGGCUCACCUUUACCCGAGCUGCGAUGGGUUAAGGAUGGGCUGACCGUGGGCGUGGAUGGUGGCCCAUACAGAUCGUAUCCCAACGGCACACUGGAGAUCAGGCGCGCACGCAUAAAUGACCAGGGCUCCUAUAGCUGUGUGGCCAGCAACUUCCUGGGCCGGGCAGAAAAUCACGUACACCUGGAGGUCAAAGAGCCCACGAGGAUGAUUCGUCCACCUGAGCACCUGAGGGCAAUUCGGGGGAGUAUGGCGCGGUUCGAAUGCAAGGUCAAACACGACUUCUCCCUGCCCGUCACUGUCUCUUGGUUAAAGAAUGGCCGGCAUCUAUCGCUUGGCUGGAGGCUGAGGAGGGAGGAUGACUCCCUGACCAUCCCCAAUGUCCACAGGGAAGAUGAGGGCAACUACAGUUGCGUGGUCAGAACUGAGCUGGACAGGGUGUCUGCCUCAGCCCGCCUUAUCAUUUUGGACCAGCCAGACCCCCCGACGGAUCUGGAGCUGUCAGACCCAACGGAGCGGACUGUGCGACUCACCUGGGUGCCUGGAUAUGACAACCGCAGUCCCAUUAAAGAGUUCCUGGUACAGUACGAGGAGGACUACUGGGAACCGGGCUGGUGGAAGAACCUGUCCAGUUACCCAGGCAACCUCAACUCUGUCAUCCUACCACUGAAGCCCUUCAUCAACUACCGGUUCCGGGUGUUUGCCGUCAAUGCUAUAGGCCGAAGCCUGCCGAGCCGCCCGUCCCAGCGUUACCAGACGAGCGGCGCUGCACCAGACGCCAUCCCGACAAACAUCAGAGGAGUGGGAACCUGGAAGACGAGAAUGGAUAUCAGAUGGGAUGCCUUGCAGGACACAGAGAGGAAUGGUCCUCGCCUGCGAUACUUAGUCUGGUGGAGACGAAGGGACUCGCGGGAGGAGUGGAAGAAUGCAACUACAUACUGGCUGAGAUACACCAUCUACGAUGCAGACACAUUCACGCCCUACGAGAUCAAAUUGCAGGCCGUCAAUGACUUUGGGCUGGGUCCUGAAUCGAACAUAGUUAUCGGCUACUCUGGAGAGGACCGUCCGAUUGCAGCCCCGACGGAUGUGCAUGUGUCCCAGACGGACAGUACCAUGGCUACCGUGCACUGGACUCCUGUACCUUACAAAACCAUAAUGGGCAAUGUCAAGGAGUACAAGGCAUACUACUGGAGAGAGAGCAGCCAGCUGAAAUGGCUUGGUGUGAGCCGGGAGAAGAAGUCCAAGGGCUUUGACAGCACCAACUCCCAUCCCAUGGGGGUGCUGACUGGCCUUAUCCCAUACAGCAACUACAAGAUGUACAUGGUGGUGGCCAACAACCGCUAUGAGGGGCCACCCAGCAGCAUCAUUGAGUUCCAGACAACGGAGGGUGUCCCAGCACGACCCAGGUACUUCAGGGUCCAGCAGAGACACAUGGAUACCCUAUACUUGGACUGGGAUCGGCCAGCCGAGCCCAACGGCAUCCUGACUGGAUACACGCUCAAGUACCAAGUUGUGAAUGGGACCAGAGGAGCCCGCACACAGCUGGACUUCCCACCCAACACCACCUACUACUCCAUGCAUCGCCCCGACCGCUACACCCGCUACAGGUUUUCACUGGCAGCACGAACGCAGCUGGGGAUCGGGGAGUUCACCAUGGAGGAUUCACCGCUGUUCACCACUGAAGCGUUCACUAGGGAACAGGUGGACAUUGCCACCCAGGGAUGGUUCAUUGGACUGAUGUGCGCCAUUGCUCUGCUGGUGGUCAUCCUGCUCAUCGUCUGCUUCAUCAAAAAGAGCCGAGGAGGAAAGUACCCCGUUCGGGAUAAGAAAGACCUCCCGUUGGAUUCGCUGGAACCAAAGGAUCAGGAUGGUUCUUUUGAUUACAGGUCUUUUGAAAGGAUAAACCGUGUCUCCACUCUUCCGUAUCCCAAACGUGAGGAGGACAACAAACCCCUGCGGAGCAGCCAGAUAUCCCUGGACGGCAUGGUGAAGAUGCAGGACAGCGACGACAGCCUGGUGGACUAUGACGGUGGCGAUGGCCAGUUCAAUGAGGAUGGCUCCUUCAUCGGCCAGUACGCUGGGAAGAAGGACCGAGACGAUAACGAGGGCAACCUGAGCUCAGAGGCCACCUCCCCCAUGAACGCCAUCUACUCGCUGGCGUAGUCAUGGGGUAGACCACCACCUGGCUGAAUGGCAUAUACACCAGCACAUACUUAUACAUUGUGAUAGGAGACAUGAGUCAUUGGAACUCAUGGUACAUGGGGUUUACCAUGACCUGUCAAUCAGCAACUGCAUAACAAAGAUCACCUACUAAAUAAAUAGCAUGACGUGUAUUAGUCAUUGUCAGUGACUGACAGCCCAUGGUAAUCCCACGCUCUACCCUCCUUACACCGUCACUAACUCUAUACCCAACCCCAAGAAAACUAAAGAGUCCAACCUCUAUGAGGUCAGUGUGUCCAUCUCCUGCUGUUUCGUCAAAGUCUGCAGAUGACUCUUAAACUCGAUUCAUCAGACCCAGACCUGUUUUUCAUGUCAGUCUUUCAACAUCGGAGCAGUGCUGUGCAUUUCGGGUUCCUUUUCUUCAUCUGCAAGGCAUGUCCUUCCCUACAAAAGGGAAUCCCAGCAUUAGCUGAAAUAUACCAACCACCACGUAAACAUUCCAAUGUUUCAUGAUUUGUCAAAAUGUAAAGUUACUAAUCUGAUAACUGUUUAUUGUUUUAACAUGUAAUGUAACACAGUCACAGUAUCAUCAUAAAAUAGCAGGAUAUUCCACAUUUCCCUAAUAUGUCACCUGCAUGGAAUAAUCUUUUAGACAGUUCUUAGACACUCAAUUUACACAUUUCAUAAAACGUGAUUCAAAGUAGUGUAACUGUGAAAAAAUAUCAUUUUAUUUUAAAAGUUAAUUUUCACUUCUUUUUUAUUAUCUCAGAUCUGUUUUUAUACUGUUAUUCGUGUAUGUACGUAUGUUUCAGUUUAGAUUAGACAGAUGAUAGAUAGGUACAAUGUAUCCAAAAUAGGUCAUUCAGGCUCAACAGCAGUAAACGGAAGAGCAGCUGCAUAGGUGCUGUCUAAAAGUCUUAAUAUUUCUGGAUUCUGGCAUAAAACCCAGCAAGCUUAUUCAUAAUUAUGCCUCAUUUUUGUAUUUUAAUGUUUGCUUGUCUCACAAGCCCUGUUGUCGUACAUGUGAGCAAAAUAAUUGAAUUCUGUAAAGGAAAGAAUUAGCUGUACCUAUGGGUGAAAGUGUCAUUUAUUUCUAUUAAAGGUGUUGAUAAAGUAAGAAGAUAUGAAUAAGAGGAGUGCAUGUUGGUGGGUGCACACUCAGUCCUAAGAUCUGAGUUUAUUCUUCUAAGUUUAUUCUAGCAUAUCAACAAAGUCUGAUGGGCUUUUGAAAACUCUGCAUAUCUGUAAUGACUGUGCUCUAUUCAAAGACCCUCCUUUGUGUUUCUCUCUUUAGUCAUCAGUGACCAGGGACCCAGAAUCCAUAGGUACUAGGAAUUACAUAUAUAGUUCAUUUGAUGUUGAUUAAUGCCAACACUAAUUCCAGUUUACAUGGGGGAUCGUGAUAAAUGUAUUUAUCGGUCCAUGAUCAUGCAAAAAAGAGAAGAUUGUAUUUCCUGUUAUGUAUUUAAGGGCCUGUUAGUGGAAGAGAUUUGGUUAACAUUUCCAAUAAUCUUAAAUUCAUUUGCAUAUUUGGUCCUAUUUUCCUUACUCUGAUCACAAAUCAUCUUUAUUCACAGAAAAACUUUUCUUUGGUAAUACUUAGAAAUAUUGAUCCAUGAUGUUUGUCUUUUCUGUUGGCUUAUAUAACAUGUUCGUAGUCUGUUCUUAAAUGUCACAAAUAGUUUUGAGUAUAAUUAGAAUUAAUAUAACAGAAUAUUAAGAAGUGUGUCAGAUGUGGACGUUUGAAAUCAAAUUGUGUGUGUUUAACAUCUUAACAAGUUUAUGUCUGAAAUUGUUUUUAAUUUAUGAUGCUACAAUACAAUGAUAUAUGGACAUAUAUAUAUAUAUCAUUACAUUGUCUGUUUUAUUGUACAGAAAAGUAUGGUGCCUAAAAGUAUGUGUUGAAAUGUGUAAGUGUAAAUGCCAGUAUGAAAUAAGACAACAAAUUUAUGUUUAAAAAUGUACACUACAAGUUAAAAUGUACAUUUUGUUAUUUAUAUUCCAGUCACUUUUUUACAUUUAUCACUUUACCAUACUUCUGUGAACAUUUUCUAAACUUACAAUAUACCUAUAAAUUAUGACAGUAUACUGAACUUGCAACGCAAAGUGAUGUCAAAUGUAUUCUUCUUGCCCCAUAUGUUUCUAUUCCUCAACCUUUCCAUUUUCUUUUAUCUCUAUUUUCCACUCAUCCUCGUUCUUAUCUCCCCUUAUCCUCCUCCAGCUUUCAUUUGACAGUAAAAUAUUAAGUAAUAUUGUUCCUGUAAGUUUAUUGUGUUAGAAUUCUACUAGCCGUGCUCAGGUGUAUCAGAACUGCACCAUAUCAAAGUGCACGUCUGCCUGUUAUCAUUUUCAGAUAUAUAGCUUCAAAAGUUGCAGUGAAAAGCAUCUUUUGCACCAUGCCCUGACAUAGUUUUCACUGGAUUAAGCCUGUGUAUGAAUAAAACUGUCUGAAUUGAAAUAAAUGUCAUUUUGGAAUGUG